AUGCAUUCCACACAUGCACAUCCGUUGCCCGAUGGACGUACUACAUCGAGUCAAGCAAUUGGCUCGUCACAUAGCUAUAGCGCAAUAACAUCACCAACGACGCUGGCUUCGCAACAGCAGAACGAAGGCCUGAGUCACCAGACUAGGCGACUACAUUUACGCAAUGCUGGAUUCAGAGGAGCGAUCUUCCCUACUCGGCGCAUAAGUCCGCUAUUUACAACAUCAUCCCCGGCGGUUGAGUCCAUCAGUCGCCAGGUCAGCAACGAGAGUAGCUCCUUGAGCGCAGAGAAGAGAUCAAUGUACGGCGAAGAUCUACCACCGAGCCCGGUGAAUAUCCUGCAAGAGAUACAGAAGUCCACAAGAAAGAAGCGCUCAUCGCCAAGACCAGGUUUUGGUGCCAUUUUUCAAGACAACACUCAGACGGGGGAAAUGAAUGGAGCUAGUGAGACAUCUUGGUACGCGGAAGGAAGUCGCAACUGCUCUCCGGCGGCCUCGGCCGCAACUCCGGUCAACAUGAUGAAGCUAAGGGAAGGGUCUGGGAACCAGAAGACUCCUCCAGCACAGCUCAGUUCCCCAUUGACGAAGCAAGUAAAGGGUCGGAAUCUCAAACGCAUCAAUCUUCGAUCAGCCAGCUCCGAGGCUUCAACAUACAUUGAGCAUCUCGAGUCUCAAUUAGCUUCUGUCAACGCGAAACUCGACUCCCUCACGUCACCUAACACGAACAAGCUCCGCUCCGCAAAGUUGAGGGCACUUACUGUUGACAAUCGGAAUUUACGUCAGGAUCUUUCAGCUUGGGAGAAGCAAUUCGCGGUCAGAGUCGAAGAAGAGAGGGACCAGCGUCUAGAGGUUGAGAUGGAGUUGAGGAUACGUCUGCGGACGCUGGAAAAUGACAUGGAGUUGAAGGAUGCAAGAAUAGCAGAGCUGGAGUGGGAGGUCGAGAGCAUGCGAGUCAAAGUUGGGGAUGCAGAAGGUCUCGAAGAAGUGAACAUCGGUCUGGAGAAAAGGAUUGAGAUUUUGACGAAUCUUCUUGUUCACUCACCGAACAAGCUUGACAUGUGCUCGGCAGCAACAUCACCAGUCCGAGCUGACCCAAUCAAACGGACAUCAAGGCCAAAGUCUAUGCUUCCAAGAAUUCCUUCGCCAUCUGGAGGAGUACGGCUGUCACUGUCUACGGUUUCGGAGUCUGCAUUCUGGCAGCCCAGCAACAUUGAAUCGUCACCGAGCGUUGUGGAGUCGCCCGAGGACGCUGUGCAGGAUGUUGAUGGACAAUGUUUACAGUCGCCCUCUUAUGAGGAAGGCGUGCGAUCGCCUGACUACAGAAGGCAGUCUAGGCAGUCUGGAUCUGAAAGUCGAUCGAGAACAUCAGGUUCCUUCCGCUCUGCGCCAUCAUCUGCAUCAAGACCGAACUCAUUCCGGUCAAGCGGUUCUUUUGGUCCAGCAUCAUGGGGUUUGCCACAUCUCGCUGACGUCGACGCCAGAUCAGCCAACAAGCAGCGAAAGAUGCGCAAAUUUCCCUCUGGUUCAGUCUCUCUCCGACCUCUGAUCUUACCUACCGCAACUAUCAUACCUUCGUUACCUGUAUCUGCCCCUAUCUACCCAUCAAUAGAAGCUACUGCUAGACAAGACAUCUCGGAAGUCUCGCUCGAUCCAACUACGUCCUUUCUAUCCAAACCCGUCGAUAGCUCACCAACCACUACUCCUGAUCGACCUGGGCGUCAUCGCUCGACAUCUUGGGCACAAGAGCAGACAUUAAAGGCUUUAGAGGGCAGGUUCAUGGAUGUGGAACACCUGGACGACGAACAAAUUUCUCCCUCGGUCGUUACGAGAUCUGAGGAGAAGCUUUUUGGAUUUGGAGAAGUCCCAUCAGAAGAUCAUAAAAGACGGUCACGGCCAAGGAGCCUUCGGAAAGAGCUUGAAGAAGCUGAAAUCGAGCAGGCUGGGCAAGCACAAGCUUUGGCCUCCCCGAGCUAUUCGAGGAUGGUUUGA